AAAAACGCUGCUCGUCUGAGCUGCUUUAGCCCCUCGAGUUAUAAAAAUAAAAACACGUUAUUGUGUCUGGCUCUGAGGAUUUAAAACCCUUUAGCCCCUCGAGUUAUAAAAAUAAAAACACGUUAUUGUGUCUGGCUCUGAGGAUUUAAAACCCUUUAGCCCCUCGAGUUAUAAAAAUAAAAACACGUUAUUGUGUCUGGCUCUGAGGAUUUAAAAUCCCGAGCUGUGUGAGGACAUGAAAACAGAGACAUCCAUGGAUGGAGAGACCUCAGAAGCCUGUGUGAAGAAAGAGGAGACGCUGGAGCUGAACAUCUACAACUAUGGAGACGGUCUCGACAACCCACCUGAAGGUCUCUCUGUUAAAGUGGAAGAUCCUGACGAUAAAGACUAUCUCUACUGUGAAGUUUGCAAAUCCUUCUUCCUCAACAAAUGCGAGGUUCAUGGACCACCCCUCUUCAUCCCCGAUACUCCUGUUCCCAUGGGAGUCCCUGACCGAGCCAGACAAACACUUCCUCCUGGGCUAGAAAUCCAGAAGUCCAGUAUUCCUGAUGCAGGCCUGGGAGUGUUUAAUAAGGGGGAGACUGUUCCAGUAGGUGCACACUUCGGCCCCUGCCAGGGAGAGCUGGUGAACCGAGAGGAAGCCAAGAACAGUGGAGACUCCUCGGUUGUAUACAGGAGCAUGCAGUGUGAAGAAUACAUCGAUGCCAAAAGAGAGACGCAUGUGAAUUGGAUGAGGUAUGUGAAUUGUGCCUGUAAUGAAGAAGAACAGAAUCUUGUGGCAUUUGAGUAUCAAGGGGGAAUUCUGUAUCGUUGCUGUCGACCCAUUAACCCAGGACAGGAGCUCUUGGUGUGGUAUGAAGAGGAGUACACCAAAGAACUCCGUCCUGCACCUACAGGAACAACCAGACAGCAAGAAGUAAAGAACGCUCUGCUGCAAGUCUUUUCAUGCUCCACAUGCCCUCGUUACGAUGCAUCUCAAAUUUACCUCGACAAGCAUAUUCAGAGAUGCCACUAUGAAGAGUACGUGAGACUGCGAGAAUCAGGAGAGAUUAAAUAUAAGCUUCAGAUCCCCUCCAAAUGCUCCAGUCGUCAACCAACAUCAACUGAUAUUAUCCAUUCUGAUACUUCCCAUAAUGAUAUACAGAAGGAAAUUCACCACUGCUCAGAUUGUGGAAAGAGUUUUAGUUAUCAGAAUGCACUCAAGACACACCAGCGCAUUCACACAGGAGAGAAGCCGUAUCACUGCUCACAGUGUGGGAAAAGUUUUACUCGUCAGAGUCAUCUCCAACAACACCAGCGCAUUCACACAGGGGAAAAGCCGUAUCACUGCUCACAGUGUGGGAAAAGUUUUACUCGUCAGAGUGCUCUCCAACAACACCAGCACAUUCACACAGGAGAGAAGCCGUAUCACUGCUCACAGUGUGGGAAGAGUUUUACUUGUCAGAGUGCUCUCCAAAAACACCAGCGCAUUCACACAGGAGAGAAGCCGUAUCACUGCUCACAGUGUGGGAAGAGUUUUACUCGUCAGAGUAAUCUCCAAACACACCAGCGCAUUCACACAGGAGAGAAGCCGUAUCACUGCUCACAGUGUGGGAAGAGUUUUACUCAGCAGAGUAAUCUCCAAACACACCAGCGCAUUCACACAGGAGAGAAGCCGUAUCACUGCUCACAGUGUGGGAAGAGUUUUACUCAUCAGAGUGCUGUCCGACUACACCAGCGCAUUCACACAGGAGAGAAGCCGUUUCACUGCUCACAGUGUGGGAAGAGUUUUACUCAGCAGAGUGCUCUCCGACUACACCAGCGCAUUCACACAGGAGAGAAGCCGUUUCACUGCUCACAGUGUGGGAAGAGUUUUACUCAGCAGAGUGAUGUCCAAAAACACCAGCGCAUUCACACAGGAGAGAAGCCGCAUCACUGCUCACAGUGUGGGAAGAGUUUUACUCAUCAGAGUGCUCUCCAAACACACCAGCGCAUUCACACAGGAGAGAAGCCGUUUCACUGCUCACAGUGUGGGAAGAAUUUUACUCAGCAGAGUAAUCUCCAAACACACCAGCGCAUUCACACAGGAGAGAAGCCGUUUCACUGCUCACAGUGUGGGAAGAGUUUUACUCAGCAGAGUGAUGUCCAAAAACACCAGCGCAUUCACACAGGAGAGAAGCCGUAUCAAUGCUCACAGUGUGGGAAGAGUUUUACUCAGCAGAGUAAUCUCCAAACACACCAGCGCAUUCACACAGGAGAGAAGCCGUUUCACUGCUCACAGUGUGGGAAGAGUUUUACUCAGCAGAGUGAUGUCCAAAAACACCAGCGCAUUCACACAGGAGAGAAGCCGUUUCACUGCUCACAGUGUGGGAAGAGUUUUACUCGGCAGAGUAAUCUCCAAACACACCAGCGCAUUCACACAGGAGAGAAGCCGUUUCACUGCUCACGGUGUGGGAAGAGUUUUACUCAUCAGAGUCAUCUCCAAACACACCAGCGCAUUCACACAGGAGAGAAGCCGUUUCACUGCUCACAGUGUGGGAAGAGUUUUACUCGGCAGAGUAAUCUCCAAAAACACCAGCGCAUUCACACAGGAGAGAAGCCGUUUCACUGCUCACAGUGUGGGAAGAGUUUUACUCGGCAGAGUAAUCUCCAAACACACCAGCGCAUUCACACAGGAGAGAAGCCGUAUCACUGCUCACAGUGUGGGAAGAGUUUUACUCGGCAGAGUAAUCUCCAAACACACCAGCGCAUUCACACAGGAGAGAAGCCGUAUCACUGCUCACAGUGUGGGAAGAGUUUUACUCAUCAGAGUGCUGUCCGACUACACCAGCGCAUUCACACAGGAGAGAAGCCGUUUCACUGCUCACAGUGUGGGAAGAGUUUUACUCGUCAGAGUGAUCUCCAACAACACCAGCGCAUUCACACAGGAGAGAAACCGUAUCACUGCUCACAGUGUGGGAAGAGUUUUACUUGUCAGCGUGAUCUCCAAAAACACCAGCACAUUCACACAGGAGAGAAGCCGUUUCACUGCUCACAGUGUGGGAAGAGUUUUACUCAGCAGAGUAAUCUCCAAACACACCAGCGCAUUCACACAGGAGAGAAGCCGUUUCACUGCUCACAGUGUGGGAAGAGUUUUACUCAUCAGAGUCAUCUCCAAACACACCAGCGCAUUCACACAGGAGAGAAGCCAUAUGACUGCUCACAGUGUGGGAAGAGUUUUACUCAGCAGAGUAAUCUCCAAACACACCAGCGCAUUCACACAGGAGAGAAACCGUAUCACUGCUCACAGUGUGGGAAGAGUUUUACUCGUCAGAGUGAUCUCCAACAACACCAGCGCAUUCACACAGGAGAGAAACCGUAUCACUGCUCACAGUGUGGGAAGUUUUUUACUCAGCGGAGUAAUCUCCAACAACACCAGCGCAUUCACACAGGAGAGAAUCCGUAUCACUGCUCACAGUGUGGGAAGAGUUUUACUCAGCAGAGUGCUCUCCAACUACACCAGCGCAUUCACACAGGAGAGAAGCCGUAUCACUGCUCACAGUGUGGGAAGAGUUUUACUCAUCAGAGUCAUCUCCACCUACACCAGCGCAUUCACACAGAAUAGAAGCCGUAUCACUGCUCACAGUGUGGAAAGAUGUUUGCUUGUUUAGUUACAUUUAAGACCUUUAAGUGCACUAACUCAGGAGAC